AUGGACAUUGAGACGGAACCCACCGAGGCCAGAGCUGCCGAUUCCACUGGCCGAAGAAGGGUUCAGACGGCGUGUGAGGCUUGCAGAGCAUGCAAGAUCAAGUGCCAACCCAGCGAGCAGCCUGGAGUGUGCCGAAACCCUGAUGGCCAGCUUAAACCUCCCCCCUCAGCUCCAAAUACUUCUGCUUCCACCACAUUUAGCAUCAAUUUUGACGUGCCUGCACCACCUGAGCCGGACGACAGCUUCGAGGUUUUGCGAGAAACGCACGAGAGUCUCAUGGACUCUCUCCUACCUCCUGUAGAAGGAGAUGAUGAUAUUGGUUUUGGCCAAGACCACGACUCCUUCAUAUCAGGACUACCCACCCCGGGAGCUUCAUCAACAACAAACUCUCAUUCCAUUGAAGAUCUUAAUGGGAAGCCCCAAUUCAACCUGUCGUCUGCAGAGUCACUACUGGAGGCAUUCCACGCCAUGAUACCUCAGUUCCCAUGUAUACUUCUUCCGCAAAACGCCACAGUCCCUACCUUGGCAGCUACCAAGCCGUUUCUUCUGUUGGCAAUAUUAGCCUCAACUUCAGGGUCCAAGACGCUCCAGGGCCACACCCUAUACGAUGCCGAGUUUCGAAAAGUCCUCGGGCUCAAGUUCGUUGCUGGCGGGGAGAGAAAUAUCCAACUCCUCCAGGGACUUCUCAUAUACUGCGCAUGGUACCCCUUUCAUCUACGACCCAGGAACAAGCAAGUGUUUCACUACAUUCGCAUGAUUGGUGACUUGAUCCAUGAUCUUGAUCUUGACCAGGAUAUCUCUGAGUAUAUGUUUGGGGACAUCACUGACGACCAGCUUGAUGGAAUUCGAGCCUAUCUUGGCUACUCCUAUCUUGUCUCAGCGUUUCUCAUCUCUUGGAGAGUUAUGAAGAACAUGGCAUCUAAUAUCACACCUUGGACCCUCAAAUGCUGCGAUAUUCUUGAGAAACAUGCCAAAUCCGACAACGACAGAGUCCUUGCUACACUUACGAGAAUAUGCAGCAUCAACAGCCACGCCGCAGAUGCGGUUUAUGAGAGCACCGAAAAGUCUAGCGAGCAGAGGCGACUCCUUCUGUUAGGUUUGGAGACGCAACUGCGCGAGCUCCAGCAGGUGCUACCAAGCCAGAUAUCCUCGGCUCAAUCUGUCCAAUUGUCAACGCUUUUCAUAGACUUUUUCCUUACUUCAAGCAGCAUCAUCCCGGCCUACCCACGAUCCAAGGAACUCCGGAACGGCUCGUCUCUCCAAGUUUCCCCUUCAAAACUAUGUGUCGCAGUAGCUCACCUGAGGCGAUACUUUGAUUGUCUGCUUUCUCUCACUCGCAGAAAUUUCACCGCGUUCAUUGUCGUCGACUGGUGCCGCGUCGUCCUGAGUGUUGUCGUUGCACUCCGGCUCUGCUUCUUCGUCCCCGAGUGCCCAGGGUUUGACUACGUCUGGGCCCGUUCCGAACUACAGCUCAGCCAGUUCCUGACCAAAUUCUGCGAGGAUGAAUCCCCGUUCACACCGGCCUCAAACAAGGUCGACGUGUGCUCCGCCAGCCGCGUGGUCAUGGGCGUCGUCAAGGACAAGUUCGAGAAACGGCUCGAGGCCGCCGCCAGAGAGGAGGCAGCGCGCGCCUCUGGGAUUCGAUGCCCCAUGUUGGAUGGCAGCCUGGAGCAGUACCUCCCGCUCUGGGACGUCGACCUGAGCGCUAUGCCGCAUGCCAUGCCGCCAAUGGGCAACAAUGCCGGCAGCACGUCAGCAGCUACUGGAGCUCCAGGGAAUCCCGGGCGACAGGCCAUCUUCCACGACCUGUGGGCGACAAUGACAAUGGGGUGGGCCAACGAGGACGAGUGA